UGUUUUUCCACUCAUUUCCCCCCCCCCCAACCCAACCAUGGCGUUCGCAGUCCACCCAAAGCACGACUGUCCUCAUGUUGAAACAGACGCACUGAGCCCAUUCAACGCAUCGCAGCAUCCACAGACAGAAGAGAACAAUCCGCACUCCAAGCCAUGCCGCACGUGCGGCGAUCCGACCGAGAACUGGGUGUGCCUGCAGUGCCUUGCUGUGCAUUGUGGACGCGAGAUCAACGGGUGUGCUGCAGUGCACGGCGGCGAAGCGAGCCAUCCGAUUGUCCUCAGCCUCGCAGACCACAGCAUCUGGUGCUAUGCGUGCGACAGCUACAUUACGCACCCGUUGCUGACGCCGUGGUACGAGCACAUCUACCGGUUCAAGUUUGGCACGACGCCCGCGCCAAUUCACGGCGUUCCCGCUGAUCUCUUUGCCGCUGAGAGCACGCCCGCUGCUGCUACUGCUGCUGCUACUGUUGCUGCCAGUACUGGUGCUGCUAGUACGAGUCGAGACACUGCCGCCACUACACCCACUGACUCGGGAAAGGCGACGCCGAGUGGUGCUAUUUCAAGCGACUGCGCUGCGUCAGCGUCCAAGACUGAUGACGAGACUCAGCCGCGGCAGAGAUCGUACACGCUCGCUCAGGGAUCCAAGCUGCCCAAGCAUGUUGUGAUUGACCGGAUUAAGGGCGUCGUGUUUGGCCAGGCCAUUGGCGACGCUUUUGGCCUCGCCACCGAAUUCAUGUCCGUCGCUCAGGCCCUGGAAGCGUACGGCCCAGACGGACCGGCGGAUUACUCCAAGAUUGUGCGGGAUCGUCACCGCUCGCGUUGGGUGCAGGGCGAUUGGACCGACGACACCGACCAGAUGAUUGUCAUCAUGCGAAGCCUGAUCAAGAACAAUGGCAAAGUCGUUGUGCAAGAUAUUGCCGAAGGCUUGCUGCACUGGGUGGAGCACGGGUUUCCCGAGGUUGGGGACGUUCGAGGUCUUGGUUUGGGUAAUACUGUUGGGGAGGUUGUCGAGCACCCAGAUUUCACCAAGGAUCCACACGGCGUGGCUCAGAUGGUGUGGGAGAAAGGCGGCAAACGAGCUGCUGCGAACGGCGGUGUGAUGAGAACUGCAAUCUUGGGCGUGCUGGAUUACAAUGACAUCGCCAAAGUCAUCGAGAACACCCGCAACGUUUGCAAAAUUACUCACGCAGAUCCUCGAUGCAUUGCGUCGUGUGUCUCUGUCACCACUGCCAUUGCGCUGAUUCUUCAAGGAGCAUUCGAUUGCUCUGACAGUGAGCAGCAGAAAGCAUUGGUGCAACGCGCGUAUGAGUACGGCGAGCGCGAGAUGACCGAGCCCGAGCACAUCGAGGACUACCGCAAGCACGUGUUUGCAGAGAGCCUACAGGCUCUGGAUCUGUGUUCUCAAGGAAUGGGAUACACACUCAAGACCUUGGGAUGCGGAUUCUACGCCCUCCGCGGAUCCCCAUCCUUUGAAGGUGGCCUGCGUCAAGUCACCAUGUGUGCCGGAGAUGCUGACACAAAUGCCGCGGUAUUUGGCGCUUUGGCGGGGGCGAAGGUCGGAUUCAACAAGCUGCCAACACACCUACGGGAUACGCUGCCAUACAUUGAGUGGAUUAUGACGUUUAUCAACCAGCUGCUUGAUAUCAUGCACUUGACAACCAAUUCGUCCGAUCCGCUCUACUUGAACCGCAAAGGGGUGACUCGUUAAAUGAGUAUCCAUUUUGUUGUUAUUGUUGUCUUGUUGUGCAAAAAGAUACCAAAAAAAGUUUGCAAAAAAAACUAUGCAAACAUCCGUUCAUCAA